AUGAUUAAACAAAUACCUCCUGGAAAUGGCACCAUGCCUCAUAUUUGUAAGUUAGUCUUACCCAAGGUCCUAGCCCAAAGGCUUAGCUCAGAGCCCUAGCUCAAAGCCCUAGUCCAGAGCCCUAACCCAGAGCUCCCUAGCCUCAAGCCUAAUCACAUGCUUGAUCUUAGACCUAGCUUCAAACUGAAGGUCUAGCAUUAAACAUAGCCGCAGACCUUGCCUCAAGCUCCAGUCAUAGCCUAAUAAGACUUAACUUUAGUCCUAAACUAAGCUCCAGCUCAAAGUUCAAAGCUCUAGCCUUAUGCCUAGCCUCAAGUUUAGCCUCACAUCGAGCCUAAGCUCUAGUCUACCCUUCAGUUCUAGCCUUAGCCUUAGUUCUAGCCUUACCUCUAGUCCAAGCAAAAUCUUUAAUUUAAGCCCUACCUCUAGCUUUUUUAAAACUUUACCUACUUACAACUUUUUAUUUACAGUAACCUUCUACGCAGUGAUGUUCUUUUGGAAUUGUUUUAUCUUCUUCUUCCACGCUACCUUGUCAUACCUAAGGGAAGUUCUGCCAGAUGAUAUUGAGUUUCCCUUCAAAUUGACGAACUGGAGUGACUAUCUACGACAAUGGAAAGUUUUCAAUACUGAAGGGUUCUCCUUUGAUCCUCAAACGUAAGUUAUUAUCGAUAACACUAUAUUUCAAAAAUGAAAAAUUUGUUACUUAAAAUAAUAAAAAUUUGUUAUCCAUAUCACAAUCUUUUCGAAAUGUAAAUUUUGUUACCUAAACUUGACAAUUUGUUACCUAGACCACUAUUUUCAGCUUCAUGUUAUCCCCAGAGAAGCGUUCAGAGAGCAUCACAACCCAGAAUCUGGUCGAAAACGAGGUUCUAAACCCCUCAAGCGGAAUUGAAAAUGCACUAUUCGAAAUGGACUCAAUAGAACCAUCAACCAGUGCAGAUGUCACUCCUACAUACAGUUUGGCCGAGACAGUGUCAGUCGACAAUCGUGCUUCUUACAUUGAUAUACCAUCGGAAAGUGGUCGUAGUGUGGCUAGUGAUAAGAGUGACAAGAAGACUAAAAGUCAUCUGGAAGAAGAGUUGUACACGUUGAGAAGAGCAUCAUUCUUCGUGUUUGCUAUGUUUGCUGUCAUCAUGGUCUUUGUGUACUUGUUUUAA